CCUUCUUCUCCUUCCCCUUCUCUCUUUUCCUCUUUUCUUCUUUUUGUCCCUCUUUCUCUCCCUCUCCUUCUCCCUCUCUUUCUCCCUUGCCCUCCUUUCCCCAGAUCCAGGAAAGGAGGAAGGUAGGUGAUCAAGUACUUUAACCACUUGGGAUUCAAGUAGAGUGAUAAGAAGGGAGGGGUGGGGUAGGGUGAGGAAAUAUUGUUUGUCAUUGUCCAAGGACUUUGAUAGCUCUCUUGGGUUUGAUAUGAAUGAUAACAGGGCACACUUUCUCCACCUGAUAUUAAUUUAGAAUCUUGGACAAGGUGGGGAGCAGCUGCAGUCAAUGAUGACCUAAUUAGAGGUCCCCCCACUUAAUGAUUUACCUCAUAUAAACCUGGGAUUAUCUUUUCUCAGGCACAAACAUUUUCAGGUCGGUGUUUGAGCUGAUCUUGUGUUGGAGUUUUUUUUUUUUUUUUCUUUUUUUUUUUUUUUUUUUUCUUUUUGAGUAAAGGCUUUUUUAUCAUGGAGGGAACGGUGGUGAAAAUUCCGAGGAUAGCAGCUACAGUUAAGAGAGGCUUCAUCAGUGCUGAGAAAAGACAUGCCUGUGUGAAGACAGUCCCUCCGAAGAAGAAGGAGUUCUAUUCCAGUUACAUUGCUAAAAUCCUAAAGCAAGUUCAUCAAGAUUUCAGUGGUUACAGCUGGGUGCUGGAAGUCCUGUGGUCACUGGAUAAUUGGCUGUUUGAUCAGGCCAUCUUGGAGGCAGUCAGGUUGUCCUUCUUUAACCACAGGCAAGUCAUCACCAUCAGAGAAGUGAUCGAGGCAUUGAGGCUGAUGCUCUCGGAGGGAUGUACAUAAGGCUUCUGCUCUAACAGCUAGCUGGAAAUGGAAUUGCAUCACUUUGGAUAAAGUUAUCAAUAAAGUAUUUAUAAAAACAAACAAAAAAAA